CACAAACCAUUUGACGAAAAAAAGGAUGGCUUGCAAAAAAUAUGUUUAUUUUGUGUCUAUAUUCAAAACUUUUUUUCCCGUUAAACUGUUAGUUAUUUUAUGAGGAGAGUUUAGGCAACUGCAGCCAUGACUCCCUUGGCAAGGUCAAAAUCAUAUCUUUUUGAUUGAUCAACCAAGCACACUUUUCAUUGGACCUCAUUUAUUAAUUUUUUUUUUCUUAGAAAAAAAAAAGUUAAACCCUGUCCGACCAUGAAGCCUUGCUUCUCUUUCCUCAAUUUCGCUCUUUUUCGCAUUUCCAUACCUCCUUUUAUUCAUUUUGACGGUACCAUGAAUGGAAAUGAGAGAGACGAGCGAAGGCGAUCGCUAGCGAUAUCUGCUUUGCUGAACGAAGAACCUUUCGAUCCCCUUCCUCGUCCAUCAUCCCAGCUACCCACCGCUGAACAGAAACGGCUCAAUCGAAUGACAUGGCCAAACGCUAUCAUGAUCGAUGCGUCGUCGUCCAAAUCUUAUCAUGCCACCGAGGCCGCCGAUGCCGCCGACUCCUCCUCGGAUGCCUGGGAUUCGAAAACUGAGGAUGGACAUGAAGACGGGGGGAUGACCAAAACCAAACGGAAACGGAUAUCGGCUGAACAAUGCAAACGUCUCAUGGAAGUUUUCGAUACGACCAAUACCCCUAGCUCUGACGUUCGUGAAGAGCUCGCCCACGAACUGGGCAUGACAAGCCGUGAAGUCCAAGUAUGGUUUCAAAACCGACGAGCCAAACUCAAUCGUACCAAAGCAGCUCACAACAACAAUGGAUUUUUCCGCUCCCGCCAAUCGUUAUCCGUCAUGCCUCCUAUCAUGACUCCCGUCCGGCCCAAACAACUGGAUCUCAUUUCCGAUCGUCCACGCAGAGCGUCCGCACAACCCAUCAUGCAACCAUCCCAUUAUUCUUCACCUCUGCUUCCGUCCGAACGUCCAUCCUCAUCGCAUCGAAAUUUUCAUCCUAUUGCGCCCAUGCCACCGGGACCUACUUCUUCUGCUGCCCAUGGGUUUUCACCUUUCGCCUCCCAAUCCGGGUGGAAACCCAUUGCUCCCAAACAACAGACACCUUAUUUCAACGAUCAACCUUCGCCAUUUGCAUCCAAGUACCCUCCCAUAGUACCCAAUCCAUCCUCCAUUCACCACGUUAUUGCCGAUCUUAGUAUACAACCCAGACACGAUGAACGAUCUCCCGUCCGAAAACGGCCAAAAUCCGUCAUUGGCACGCUUGGCUCGUAGAUCGGGCUCCGUCAGCAAAACAAUACUCUUUUUUGUUCUGUAAAUGCUUCUAUGUAUAUAGUUCUUCUUUUCCCAAAAACCCAAUACACACUACACACAAGUUUUCGGCGACGCCAAAAAUUUACCAUUAGGAACCGGCAUGUCCUUCUUGGGAGUACAUGCCUGGCACAAAAAAAAUACGAACUCUCUCUGGCAAUUUUAGCUGCUUGUGAGAAGUGAGACUGAGUUUGACUUCUUAUUCAAAUGCAAAAG